ACGUUUCAUCGCGGAUGUUUCUGGCGGAGUGUUUACAAAGUUGCAACACAGGAAGCUCUCACUGAAAAGGCGAAUGUGUUGUUUUCUGCAGAAGGAAUUUACUUUUGUUGACUAAACUCCCGCCAGAAGACAUCGAUUUGACUCAGAUAAUUUAAUUGAUGCUUAAACUGAAAGCACGAUGUUCGCGGGGCUGCCUGAGCUUGGUAUAUCCAACGGAGAGGAUCUUAAAGAAACUCUCACUAACUGCACAGAGCCGCUGAAAGCCAUCGAUCAGUUUCAGAUGGAAAAUGGAAUCUUGCUGCCAACGCUCCAGUCUGCUCUUCCUUUUCUCGAUCUCCAUGGUACGCCUCGGCUUGAGUUCCACCAGUCUGUCUUUGAUGAGCUUAGAGAAAAGCUGAUGGAGCGAGUUGCCGUCAUAGCCGAGGGGAAGGAGGAGGACAGAUACAGGAAGCUUGAAGAGCUGCUCGAGAAGAGCUUCCCACUUGUUAAAAUGCCAUCUAUUCAGCCAGUGGUGAUGCAGGUCCUAAAGCAUCUACCUAAGGUGCCAGAGAAGAAACUAAAGAUGGUGAUGGCUGACAAAGAGCUCUACAAGGUGUGUGCAGUAGAGGUAAAAAGGCAGAUCUGGCAGGACAACCAGGCUCUGUUUGGGGAUGAAGUCUCACCUCUCCUAAAACAGUACAUUGUGGAGAAGGAAGCAGCUCUGUUCAGCAGCGACCUCUCCAUCCUGCACAAUUUCUUCAGCCCUUCUCCAAAAACACGACGCCAAGGCGAGGUGGUUCUAAAGCUGACUCAGAUGAUCGGGAAGAAUGUGAAACUGUAUGACAUGGUGCUGCAGUUCUUACGAACUCUCUUUCUGCGAACCCGGAAUGUCCACUACUGCACCCUGAGAGCAGAACUGCUCAUGUCUCUUCAUGACCUGGACAUCAGUGAGAUCUGCUCGGUGGAUCCCUGCCAUAAGUUCACUUGGUGUUUAGAUGCCUGUAUCCGUGAGAAGUUUGUGGAUGGUAAGCGAGCCAGAGAGUUACAGGGUUUCCUGGAUGGAGUGAAGAAAGGACAAGAGCAAGUCCUUGGGGACCUGUCUAUGAUCCUGUGUGACCCGUUUGCCUGCAACACCCUAGUCUUGAGUAUCAUGAGGAACCUGCAAGAGCUGCUGAGUCAGGAUGCUUUACCACGAGAUAGUCCUGACCUGAUGCUGCUGCUGAGGAUGCUCUCACUGGGUCAAGGAGCCUGGGACAUGAUUGACAGUCAGGUCUUCAAAGAGCCUCGUUUGGAUUUGGAAGUGGUUACUCGCUUUUUGCCUGCAAUGAUGUCAGUGGUUGUGGAUGAUCACACCUUUACUGUGGAACAGAAGCUCCCAAGUGAAGAAAAGAGCUCGCUGUCAUACCCCACCACCCUGCCUGAAUCCUUCAACAGAUACCUGCAGGAGAACAGAGUGGCCUGUGAAAUGGGUCUCUACUAUGUCCUCCACAUCGCCAAACUGAGGAACAAGAAUGCCUUACAACGGUUGCUGCCUGCACUUGUGGAGACCUACAAUGAUAUGGCUUUUGGUGAUAUCUUCCUUCACCUGCUGACUGGACACCUCACACUUCUCUCUGAUGAGUUUGGAUCAGAAGAGUUUUGUUCAGUUGUCUUUGAUGGAUUCCUCCUUACAUCUUUCUCCAGUAAAGAAAAUGUCCACAGACACACCCUGAGGAUGUUACUGCAUCUACACCACAAAGUGUUACCAUCAUGUAUGGAAACUUUAAUGAAAACGCUGGACCCUCCAAAACAGUGCAGUGAGCCACUGAAGGAGCUCUACACCCAGCUGACCGAGAAAAUGGAGGCGCAGAAAAAGAGCCCGCCUCCAACAGAUGAAACUCCAUCCCUGGACUUGGGGCUGCACCCAGUGACCGUUCCCACUACGGCCUCCACACCAACCACACCUCUCUGAAGAUCUUAAUCGCUGAUAGACUUUACAUGCAGGCUGCAGCUGAUUCGUGAAAAGCUGGAAAUUUUACAGUUGUAGCAUUUUUUUUCUUUUUCAGAAGGUUUCAUUCCUGUAGACGUGUCUUCCAGCUCUGACAGUGUACUCCUGUUUUUUUUUUGCAUUAUUGUUCAGAUAUACAAUACUUUCAUGUGUAUCUGGGCUGUGUGUGUUUAUGAAGUGUGUCAGUAGUGCAAGAACCCUGUAAAUAAAGAACUGUU